AUGUGCAGCGCAGAGCCGGAGGCGCUGGGCUCCGGGGGAGGAAGGGACCUGAUGGCAGAGCCCGCGCCCCCUCCAGAGCUGCAGCUGGAUGAAGCUGGAGCAUCCGCAGCCCCGCAGGGAGCGGCUGCAGGCGCUGCUCCGCACCCGGACCUUUUGCACAGCCCCUUAGACCCAACGGUGGGUGUGGAGGUGACAGCCCUGCACGGGGGGAGCCCAGACGCUUGCCAGGAGCUGCAGGCAGGUGGUGGGGACACUUCCUUGGAGCUAACCAUGCCAAGGACCCAGCUGGAUGAGGAUGUGGCCGGGGCCGAGAUCCCGCUGGACGUGGACGUGGCAGGAAUCCCGCUGGAUGUGGAUGUAGAGGGAGCAGGGAUCCCACUGGCUGUGGAUGGGGCAGUGAUCCCACUGGACGAGGCUGCAGGUGUGAUGGGGAUCCCGCUGGACGAGGAUGCAGAUGGAGUAGGGAUGCCACUGUACAUGGACACGGAUGGGGCAGGGAUCCCAGCUGACGCAGACGGGGCAGGGAUCCCGCUGGAUAUGGAUGCAGAGGGGGCAGGCAGCCCCCUGGACGUGGAUGGCGCGGAGCAUCAGUGCCUCACCCUCGAGGAGCUGGGGAACUACUUCCAAGAGUGCAUCGAAGCCGUCGAGCAGCUGGAGAAAGAGAGAGACAGCCUGAUUGCGGAGCUCGCCCAGCUCCGGGAGCCGGCGCUGCAGGAGAUCCGCCAUGCCCACGAGGAGAUCCAGGCAGCCUGUCGGCUGCUGGCCAAGGUGGAGCUGGAGAGGGACAACCUGAAGGAUGAGAUCCGGCACAUCAAGCAGAAGCUGUUCAAAGUGACGAAGGAGUGCGUGGCUUGCCAGUACCAGCUGGAGAGCCGGCGGCACGACCUCUCCCAGCACGCUGCUUACCAGGGCGAGCUGGAGACCCAGGCUGGGCAGCUCUCCGGCGAACUGUCCCGGCUGAAGGAGACCUGCGAGAAGGAGAAGGAGGUUUUGAGGCAACGGCUGGAGACGCCGCCGUGUCGGCAGGAUAACCUGUACCUGCAGGAGAGCCGCCGGCUCUCCAUGGAGUUCGAGAGCUUCGUGGCGGAGAGCCGGCGGGGUCUGGAGGAGCACUACGAACCCCAACUGCUGCGGCUGCUGGAGAGACGCGAGGCAGGGGUGAAGGCGCUGCAGGAGAUGCAGGGGGAGAUCCAGGGGAUGAAGGAAGCCCUGCGGCCCUUGCAGGGGGAGGUCAGCCGGCUGCGGCUGCAGAACCGGAGCCUGGAGGAGCAGAUCGUCCUCGUCAAGCAGAAGCGGGAUGAGGAGGUCGGGCAGUACCGGGAACAGGUUGAGGAGCUGGAAGACAGGCUGAAGGAGCUGAAGAACGGGGUCCAGCUCCAGCAACGUAAGAAUCAGGAACUGGAGGAGCUGAGGACCAGCCUCCACCGAGAGCUCUCCAUCUACAAGGGCUGCUUAGAAAUCUACGGCCACCUUUGCAAAUCGGAAGAAAAAGCAGACCAGGACUGUUAG